AUUACUGGACUUAUGCCAUUGAUAGUGAUGGUGUCAGAUCAGGAAUGGUACCUAACAUGCUUACACUUCUGUUCAGAUUGGCUUGGGCAAACAUUACGGUUAAUAAUCAUGUUAAUCACGAAUGCAGCUAUUUUUGUCAUGAUCUUUUUUUACUUUAAAACACUGGAAAAUGAAAAAGAUCGGUUUUCAUUUGUCUGCAUGACAGGACAUAUCCAAUUGUUGUGGAUGAUACGAUUUUCAUUUGAUUAUCUCGUUUUUCCACGUAACCAUAUUUUAUACUUGUUCGGAGCAGUUGGUCUUGUUUUAGUGAACUCUAAUUGGCUGAUGACAGAAUUGAUAUUGAAAGCAGUGAAUGGUGAACGUACAGUGGAGGACCUGAGAAUGGUUGUCUUUCCCUCAGAAUGCCUCUUUAUCUUAAUUGGCAUGUCUGUAGAAAUAUUUACAUUCUCAAGGUCUGUUAACAAAGAAAUGAGGCAAAGGAGAAGAAAAUCUGAGAAAUAUAGAAAUGACCAAGACUCUCAGAAAACAGCAGAGCAUUGUGAAAUGAAUCCGCUGCCAGCUUUUGACUAUGGGGCCUCACAAACAGUCUGUAAUAUCAGAGACGGUCUCUGUUAGAUGUAUCUGAUAGAGCUUUCUCCGUUUUGAAGUUUUCAGAAUUGUUUUACACUAAAAGAAAGCAAAUAUUCAGAUGUCUCUUUGAUCAUGGAAAGUUAGAUUCCAGCUUUGAGUUUCUUUGCAUGGUGCAUAUUUGGACAAAUUUGUUUUGCAUGGUGUCAUUUCUAUUAUUUGUUAUUGUUUUAUGUUAGACAUGAAACUAUCUCUUCAUUUAAAGUGGCAUAUUUCUGUUAAGCUCUUUUAUGACUAUCUGAUAAUUUCCACACACACACACGUGUGUGUGUGUGUGUGUGGUAAAGUGUGCAUUCUACAUACUUGCAAGAUAUUACCUUAGUACUUAUGUUUCUUGUAUAUUUCUUUGUAUCCAUCAAUAUACCACCAGAAUCCCAAAACCCAGCUAAAAAUGUUUUAGACUAUCUCAAGUCAUGCUCAUUACUCUUUCUAUUGUUUGGGGAUCUAAGGUAACUGUAUGUGUCAUGUAGAUGCUUUAGUCUUGACUAUGAGAAUUAAAAAAUAUUUUUUAUUUUAUUUUUUGAGUUGUGUUAGUAGUACUCACUUGGUAGAGUAAAACUGUUGUAAUGAUGGAAAUAAAAUUAAUUUAAAGUGAGGUCUUAAAGUGACAGAGAUUAAACCAAAUCACAGUCACAAAUAGGGACAUCCUUCUUUUUACCACUGGGGAUUGCUGUUCCUUACUGUAUGUUUCUUGUCUAUUUACCUUUACCUCCCAAAUAUAUAUAUAUAUAUACAGUACUGUGAAAAAGUAUUAGGCACAUAAGAUGUUUCACAAAAAGCAUUUGUCUUAAGAUGGUUAUUUAUAUAAUCAGCUUUAGUGUGUCAAUAGGAAAUAUAAAUGUUAGACUCGCAAACAUUACUUUUGCAAAUAGAAAAGAUUAGAAAAGAAGAACAGGGAGACCUGCAACAGAUGUCAUGUUCCCCACAGAAACCCCCACUGAACAUCGGGUCAGUCUGAGAUUACAUAAAGAGACAGAAGCAAUUGAGACAGAAUAAAUAGACAGAAGAACUGUGAUGAAUUCUCCAAGAAGCUUGAAACAUCCGAUCUGCCAACUACCAAUAAAAACUGUGUCCAGGUGUAUCCAGGAGAAUUGGGGCUGUUUUAAAGGCAAAGGCGGUCACACCAAAUAUUGAUUUAGCUUUUUUAUGUUUACUGGACUUUGUGUGACAUCAAGAGAUAACUUAAAUAUUUAUUUAAUUAUUUUUGAAGACAUUCUCCCUAUGCAACACUUUUGCACUGUACUGUAUACCAUCUACUAUUAUUUUGAAUUGUCUUGUAUUGCUGGUUGCUUUAUGGCCUUACUUACAUGUAACAUGGCUGUAUGUAACAUGACAUGUUGGUGAGGCUUGAUUUUGUGUUCUAAACAUUAUCUUGUGUGUCAUAUCAUUGCAUGUAUCAUACUGUAUUCAUGUUAUUGCAUGAAGAUCUGCUGGAUAUUAUAAAGCUGAAGAUCAGAUAAUUAUGCCUUCAGAUUGAAUUGCUAAAGCACUGUAUAUGUCUG